GGGAAGGCUGUCCCGGAGACAGGCGGCGUCGCUGCUCCGGCUCCAGCAUGGCGGCGGCCGUGCGCGCUGCGGGCUGUCUCCCCGCACUGUGUAGCGUUCCGGCAGGUCAUUUCCUGUCUAGGCAGCUCUCUCUAAACACCUUUCCAGCAGCAGCUUCCUUUUGGGCAGUGAAAACCACUCUCAGCCACGGCUCUUGGUCACCAAGGGGAACAAAAACCAACCACUGUCUGACCAGCUUGAGCCAUGCGCUGCAGACACAGUGCUGCGUUUCCUCUCCUGUCAGCUGGAUGGGCCAGCAGAGUAGACCCUACAGCUUCUUCACCAAACUGACAGCAGAGGAACUCUGGAAAGGUGCUUUAGCGGAGACCGGUGCCGGGGCGAGGAAAGGCAGGGGCAAGAGGACCAAGAGGAAGAAGAAGAAGGAUUUGAACAGGGGCCAGAUCAUCGGGGAAGGGCGUUCUGGUUUCCUGUGGCCUGGUCUGAAUGUCCCUCUUAUGAAAAGUGGAGCAGUCCAGACGAUUGGCCAAAGAAGCAGAGAAGAGCAGCAGAAGGUGGAGGCCCACAUGACGCAGCAGAGAGAAGAGUGGGAACGGAGGAGGAAGAUCAAAGUCAAACGGGCGCGCGGGUGGAGCGGAAGCUCGUGGGGGGGUGUCAGCAUCGGCCCCCCAGACCCAGGACCCAACGGAGAAACGUACGAAGACUUUGACACCAGGAUUCUUGAGGUAAGAAAUGUUUUCAAUAUGACAGCCAAAGAGGGAAGAAAGAAGUCGGUCCGUGUCCUGGUUGCUGUGGGGAAUGGAAAUGGUGCUGCAGGUUUUGCUGUUGGGAAAGCUGCUGACCGGGCAGAUGCUUUCAGAAAGGCAAAGAACAGAGCAAUUCAUUAUUUGCAUUAUAUAGAACUAUACGAAGGCCAUACAAUAUUCCAUGAUAUUUCACUAAGAUUUAAAAGGACGCAGAUCAGGAUGAAGAGACAACCCAGAGGUUAUGGCCUGCGCUGCCACAGGGCCAUUAUCACCAUCUGCCGCCUCAUUGGCAUCAAGGACAUGUAUGCAAGGGUCACUGGGUCUAUGAACAUGACCAACCUCACCCGGGGCCUCUUCCAUGGGCUUGCUCGCCAGGAAACUCACCAACAUCUGGCCGAUAAGAAGGGUCUCCAUGUGGUGGAGUUCCGGGAGGAAUGUGGCCCCCUGCCUAUUCUGGUAGCCUCCCCACAGGGGGCCUUGAGUAAGGAGCCAGAGCCGGAGCCCGAGGUUCCUGACGUCAGACUGGACUGGCAAGAAAUCAAGGCCAUGCAGGGGAUGAAGCGCUCUGUGUGGUCUGGGUUAAAGAGAUCUGCCACCUGAACAUCCCCAGCCUGGCCAGCACCUGGAAGAGACUCUACCCUACAAUUUGAUGUGUUGUCUUUUUUUUUUUUUUUUUUUUAAGAAAGUCCAACCUUCUUUGCUUUCAAAUAAAUAAUUAUAGAUUUGAUUUAUUGAGCACAUGCUAUAUAGCAGUCAAUGUGAUGGGAAUUUUACAUGCAAAUAUCAGGAACAAUUCAUUCAUUUAAGCUAGUAAGUGAAUUGGGAGAGAGCUAAUAGACCAGUCAAUAGUCAUAUGUACAACAGUCAUUGCUGUGAUAAUUACAGGUAAUGUGUAUUACUGAGUCAUCCAAAUAUGGAUGUUUUCAACUUCACUUUACAGAGCAGUGGAGUAACCUGACUACAUUAGGCACCACCAGACGGUUUCCCUGGCAGCUGCAUGAGCCGUUUAUGUCCCAUUACUCUGGGUCUUUAUGCGAUAGUUGUUCUGGUGUGUAUCUGAAGUACUGCCUGUCACCGUGUGACCCUGAAGGCUGAUGAUGUUGAGUGUCCUCAUGGGCUUAGUAGGCAUUCAUGUGUGCUUUGGGUGAAAUGCCCGUUCAGAUCGUUUACUCAUUUAAAAAAUUGGCUUAUUUGUGUUUUUAUUAUGAGCUGUAAUUGUUCUUUGUGUAUUCUAGAUACAAAUCUAUGAGAUUCAACAUACACUUGCAGUUGGGUCCUA